AUGAGUUUCCAAGUCCCGUUCGGAUCUAGUCCAUCAACCCCAGACAAAUCUCGCAGCUUGUGGAGCGACGUCUCGGCGACUCCUGCAGACGGCCCACCAUCGACGACCAAGUCCUUUACUCCUCGAGGCCCUCCUCCGUCAACCAUCUACGGAGGCUCUCAGAUGAGCACGCGAUCACAGCUCGAUUCCCCUCAAUCUUUCUUCACCAAGUCGGGAGGAGUGGAUUUCAAUGACAGCAUCUUCAAUUCUUCAAUCGGAUCCACCCAUCAGCCAGCGCCCCGGGCCAAAAAUGCUGGUCCGAAGAAAUCCUUUGCGCAAUCGCAGUCGCUCUUUGGUAUGGCAAACAACACGAGGUUCGGGGAAUCUACUAGCUUCGGAAUGUCCAAUGGCUUCACUUCGCACCUGAAUGAAGAGGUCGAUGAUGAAGGAGAUGAGGAUAUGUUGCCUGAGGAGGAAGAGGACGUUGAAGAGGAACACGGUGACAUGGACAUAGGCGACGCGACUGAUGGUUCAGGACACCGGCUGAGCUUUUUAGACUCUCAGUUUGGGAAUUCGACGCAACCACAAUCCUUUUCGUUGGGCCAACGAAAGUCGAUAUACUCGAAUCCAGGCAAUGCCAAACGACCGAAACUUGACGAAAAAUGGGCCAAACAAUCACCACUACGCAAAGGCAAAUUGUCUCCUAAGAAGGACUCCGCGAUGCCUUCCAUAAUACGCAAUUUAGCCUCUAGAGCUGGCACCGCAGUGGUUGAUGAGCCCAGUGAGAUCAUCAUCAGCACGGAGGACGAAAUUUGUCGCAUGUACGAUGAAGCAAGGCAGUCCGAAUACACGAACAAGGACUCCCAGGUUAUUCUGUCGGAAGUCUCCGGCAGAUUAACAGCUACAUGGGCGACGUCCGUUGGACCCUCUAAUACUGAAACUGGCAUUGGGCCUGGGGAUCAGGCCUCGAAUGUUGCCAAGGCCAGCUUUAUUGGUUCUCUGUUGCUCCAACUCCAUCACCCGCCCCUGUCCGCUCCCAAGCAAGGGAGCCUCAACAAUCCGCUAGGGUUUGCGGCUCCCAGGAGUUUAGCGCUCACCAGCCCCCAAGCAGACACGAUCACCCCGAUUCCUAAAGUUCUCCUGGAUUGGCUGGAAGCUAAUCAUGCUCCUCAGACCAACGAAUUACAAAUUCUGAGGGAGGUUGAGCCGAAUCCCACAGCAUCUUCUGAUUUCUGGGAGAUCAUCAAUGCGGCCGUAUUACGUGGACGCUUCAAUGAGGCCGCCGAUUUACUGCGUUCUGCUGAUUUCAACUACGCAAGGUCAGCGCUGGAGGAUGGUUUGCCCCAAGCUGGUUACCGCGGAGUACAACUACAAAAUAUUCAAAGAUGUGCCAACAAGGCUCUUCAAAUCUUGGAAUCAUCUCCUAGCGCUCAAUAUGGUGACUGGGACGUCAAGGGCACCGAAUGGGCUUUGUACCGGAAGCGUGUCAUGGGAGCCGUCACCGACUUGGAAGAAUUCGCUGAGGGGGGAGAACAGCAGUCACCUGAGCCUCCAGUUUCAGAAAAUCGCUUUCAGGCGAUCAAUUUUGGAUUGAAGCCUAGUCCGGCUAAAGGAGAUUUUUCUUUCACCAAAUCUGCGCGCAUGGCGGAGAGCCGUGUGCCAUGGACCAUCUAUCAGAAUUUGAGGUCCUUAUAUCGUAUCAUCCUCGGUGAUACUAGCGCCAUCAUGAGCAAUGCACAAGAUUGGAUCGAGGCCACCGUUGGAUUAACAGUGUGGUGGGACGGUGAGGAUGAUGAAGAAGUCGCCAGCGACCCCUUUGGCCGCGUGGGGAUGUUUAAGCCGCAAUCAUUCCGUGGCGUCAACGAUGACCCGGUGAGCCCUUACCUUCAGCGUCUCGACCUUGCUUUGAGAAGUGCGAUCAACGAGGCGUCGACAAAUUCGGGGUUCCGGGUCAAUCCACUCAGUAACCUAGAGGUCGGCCUAGCAUCCGUCUUCGAGGGCAAUGUAGACGGUGUUCUUGGUUUGCUCCAAACAUGGUCUCUGUCUAUUGCAUCUGCUGUAGCUGAAGUUGCUUCACUUGGGGGUUGGCUGGACACAGCCGGUGGCCCGAAGACGUUGCCCGGUCUCAGUGAGAACGACUUGAUGGUUCUAUCAUAUGGUCAAACCGGCAAUGGGUCGACGGAUCGAAUCCGAAAGGACGACGUUUUGUGUGCCUAUGCUCUUGGCUUGUUUGACCGAAACUCCAUUGAGCACGAAUCUGGUGUCCGAGACGGGUGGGAACUUGCGCUGGAAGUCCUGAGUCGUCUGACAGAUGCGGAGAAUAUGCAGAAGAGUGUAUCAGAGCUGCUAGAUAAACUUCCCCUCGAUACCGCCGAGGAGAUGGACAAGGCGGUGUUGCUAUGCUCUGAAUUGGGUUUAGACAAGGAGGGGAGGAGAGUGUCCGAGCGAUUUGGUGAUCAAACGGUGGAAAAUUCCGAAGACUACGGUCUCGCCUUAGUCUGCUACGCUCGUGCACAUAGCCGCCGGAAGGUGAAAUCUGUUGUCGACUUGCUUAUCUCCUACAGUCUGGUCCAAUCGCUUGCAUAUCCCGCAUCAGCGAAUCUGGACGAGCAGUUGGAGGCUCUGAUCAGAGAUCCGAAACUCUGCCUCUCCGCGAUUGCAGCCUCAGACGAGGUCGCUGCCGACAUUCUUCAAUUUUAUUUCAGCGGAUAUGCGACAUUGCGCCGGUUCUUCGAAACACGGGAUGAAACGAUUGGGCUCAAAGAAGGGCAGCGACCUCGGUUCAAGCCCUUGGCCAGACGCAGGGCCGCGGCCGGGGCUUUGGUUGCCGUCAUCAGCAGUGCCGCUGAUAGCAUCUACGGUGGGCUUUAUGACCCUGACCGGGACUCUGCGGUGCAAGUGGACGGACUGUUGACGCUUUUGGGAGAGGCGUUGGCUUUUAUCAAUCAGCCAACUCCAAUCCUUUCCGUACCUCAGCAAUUUGCUAUCUUGUCGGCCAUUGAAGAUCUAGAAACAGUCACACCUCGCGUUUUCGCCCAGUGCGAAGAGUGUUUCCGCUCGACACUAAUCGAAUACUCCUCUGGACGCGCCUCUUCUGGCGGUCGGUCGUCGGCCGAGUCCUACGUCCUUCCACCGUCACCACGGGCUCUUCUUAAGAAGUCCGUCUCUUCCUUGACCGCUUCCAGCACGUUCUCAUUCAUUGGCAGUGACAUGAUCGAGUCAGCGAAGAAUCGGACCAUGUCUACUUCGGGGUCUAUAUCCAGCUCCGCUGUUCUAGUCCCUCGUCCCGGCGACGAAGGCCACAAGGGCCAGGAGCGGGGUUGGGACUGGCGCGCAGGGCUGCCGGAAGACAUCAAGGGCGAGGAAGUUCUUAAGAUUUUGCGCUUGGGAUUAGCAAGAGGGUUGAGUUUCGGUGCUUUGGGUUCGGUUUAA